CGGUGUGCGGCGCGCCCGCCCGAUCCGCCAGGCUGCUGCGGCCCGGGAGGCCGCCCUCCCGCGUCCGCGCCGGCCCGGUGAGAGGCGGCGCAGAGCGCGAGGCCGCCCGCGAUGCUGCUCUCCAAGUUCGGCUCCYUGGCGCACCUCUGCGGGCCCGGUGGCGUGGACCACCUCCCAGUGAAGAUCCUACAGCCAGCCAAGGCGGACAAGGAGAGCUUCGAGAAGGUGUACCAGGUGGGCGCCGUGCUGGGCAGCGGUGGCUUCGGCACGGUCUACGCAGGCAGUCGCAUUGCCGACGGACUCCCAGUGGCCGUGAAGCACGUGGUGAAGGAGCGAGUGACGGAGUGGGGCAGCCUCGGCGGUGCGGCCGUGCCCCUGGAGGUGGUGCUGCUGCGCAAGGUGGGCGCGGCGGGCGGCGCGCGAGGCGUCAUCCGCCUGUUGGACUGGUUCGAGCGGCCCGACGGCUUCUUGCUGGUGCUGGAGCGGCCCGAGCCGGCACAGGACCUCUUCGACUUCAUCACGGAGCGCGGUGCCCUAGACGAGCCGCUGGCGCGCCGCUUCUUCGCGCAGGUGCUGGCCGCGGUGCGCCACUGCCACGGCUGCGGGGUGGUGCACCGCGAUAUAAAGGACGAAAACCUGCUGGUGGACCUGCGCUCGGGCGAGCUCAAGCUCAUCGACUUUGGCUCAGGAGCGCUGCUUAAGGACACGGUCUACACCGACUUUGACGGCACCCGGGUGUACAGCCCCCCAGAGUGGAUCCGCUACCAUCGCUACCACGGGCGCUCUGCUACCGUGUGGUCCCUUGGUGUGCUGCUCUACGAUAUGGUGUGUGGCGAUAUCCCCUUUGAGCAGGACGAGGAGAUCCUCCGUGGCCGCCUGUUCUUCCGGAGGAGGGUCUCCCCAGAGUGCCAGCAGCUCAUUGAGUGGUGUCUAUCCCUGCGGCCCUCCGAGAGGCCCUCGCUGGACCAGAUUGCUGCCCACCCCUGGAUGCUGGGGGGAGAGGAGGGUGCCCCUGAGAACUGUGACCUGCAGCUUUGUUCCCUGGACACUGACGAUGGGGCCAGCACCACAUCCAGCAGUGAGAGCUUAUGAGGAGGAGCCUGGACUUGCUGCUGGGGGUCUGGGCUGGGCUGAGCCAACCUCCCAGAAUACUGACUUCUCUUCUGCCUGGGCUGUCUCCUGCAAAAGCAGUGACCUCUGAUCCCUGGUGACCUUUGCCCUUGGCACCGGGCGGUUUCCUUUGCUUUGAGUGCCUUUUUGAACGCUGCUCCCUGGGACUGGGUUUUCUCGAGCUCUUCUGUCCAAAGAUGGCUCGGGGCAAAGCAAGGUCCCACCUGCCCUGGGUGGAUACUUGAACCAGAGACUUCUCCCACCCUACUGCCCCGUUGCGGGGGGGCAGUCUUUCCAUCUGAUGGUGUCUGAUCUGGAGAGCCCACCUCCUUGUCUCCAGUCUCAUGGUGUUCAUCUGGGCAUGUCCCUGCACAAGCAAUGCAACGUCGGGCCUCUGCUGCCCACUGCCCCACCGAGCUGUGUCCACGCGUGCCAAUGUCAGUUAUUUAUGGUGUGACCCCCUGGAGGGUGCCCCUGCCCGCUGGGCUAUUUAUUCUUUAAUUUAUUUGUUGAGGUUACUUCCUCUGAGCAGUCCUCCAAGCCCCUGGGAUGGCCAGGGGUAGGCAGGUUGAGGGAGGCUGUGUGUCCCUGACCCUGGUUCUAUUCCUGCACCUGGAGUUGGUCCCCAGACCCACCGUGUCUGUAGGAGGAGGAACUUGUACAGUGGCUAACUUAAGGGGAGUGGGUGAUUCUCCCACCUUGGGCACUCUGCCCCGGGGGUGGGUUUUAAAUUAUUGACCUUGUACAGUCUGCUUGCUGGCUCUGAAGGCUGGGGGUGGGGGGCCAGAGUCUCAAGCCCUUAAUUUAUUUUAGCAGCCGUGUUUCUGUGACCCCGGUGUGAGUAGGCAUCGGGAAAGUGAGAUGUCUGGAGAUCAUAUUUUUUAUACAGGUAUUUCAAUUAAAAAUUUUUU